UUGGCAGCCAACAAUAGGAUUGGAUUGGGACUAAAUCAAAGAAUAAAACGAUAUUGAAAUGAAUAUUAUUAACAAAUAUUUCCCAGAAGAUUUUGGGUUCAACCUAAGGCUGACUAGGACAGAUCAAUCAACUUGAUCCGACACAGUAAGCCUACAUGUCAUACGUAGCACAGAGGGAGGAUGGUGAUCCUCAGAGGGAAGGAAAGGAAGUUGUUGAGGAAGAACCGGUGGCCACGCCCAAAGAGGAGGCCAAGAAGGGAAGGAAGGCAAAAAGUAAGAGGAGUGGCAAGAAGUCAAGGAAGCUGGGCACUGACAACGAUGCAGUCUCCAGGAAUAAACACCUGGAUAGAGGAUCUGUAAUUGAGCUCCUGGAGAAGAAAGCUGUUCAGGCUGCAUUCGGCCCAGGCAACAAGGAUGAGAUGGAAUACUCCUACCCAAUCCUCAUCUCAUUCCUGCGCAAUCUUACUGAUGAGCAGUGGCAAGUGAUCUACAAAGGACUAAAAAACCCUAUGACGAAGGAACAGCUUGCCAAAUUGUGCAAGACAAUUGUAACCUUCAUCGCACAGACCACCCUGCAGAUCCUGCUGCCAGCCCUGGCCCGCGUACUUGGGGUAAAGGACUUUGCUGACGACGACACUGACUCACCCAAGAGGGGUGGCAGUGCAAGAUCCUUUGCUGCCUUUGAUCAGGAAAGACUGGAGCUCAUCCAGGAAGUUAGAUAUCUGGCGAAGAAAAUGUAUAAGGGCGGCACAGGGGCUCAACAUCUCAGGUCCCUAACACCCUCUUCUAAGAGUUCCCAGACCUCAGUGAAAGUCCUCCUGGGAAUGACAGAGGACAGAAUCAUCAAAAGUGUCCAGGAGCAACUGUCUGAUCAUAAUAUCCUGUCCUCUUGCCCACCUGAGCUGACUGUUGGUCUUAUCAAGGUGGUGGUCGAACAGCUUAACUCUGCCCUCUCUGCGACCAUCAGCAGAGCCAUUUCAGGGCGGUCCUCCCCUAUUUCUUCUGGUACCCAGGCCGCUGAACAAAUGGUCAACAUGGUCCAGAAAUGUUUUGAUGAUCACACCACCCCAGAGGACCAGAGCUCUACCUCUGUAUUAGAGUCAUGCAUUCCACCUGCAACAGAAGAAGUGAUGACUGUUAUCGCAGAGAUGGUGGGUGAAUUGGAAAAAGAAGAUCCGGAAUUGGCUAAGGUUUUUCGAGAAGUGGCUGUGAAAGUUAAAAUGUUGGCAUCUGGCAGUGACCUUGUAGUGGAGCACCUGGAUGUUGAAGACUCUCCUGUUCCAGAGGAGCUGAACAUAAUAUGUACAUCUUGCAAAGCAAUGAUGCAAAAUCUUGGCACUCUGUUUAGUGUGAAGUUCAAGACCAAAGCCUCAAAGGCUGUGAGUGAAAUUCUUGUGAGAAGGUUAAUGAGCGAUAUCUCUGGUAUGGUUCAACUUUCUCAUUCGUUUAGUACCACUCCAAGCUUGAUGAAUGCAUCUAGCCCAUCUGACAGGAUCCUUGAUUCUGCGGCCACUGAGCUCAUACAGACCAAAGUAGAAUCUGAGGCAUCAAAAAUAAUUGAUAACUUUGUUGAAGAUGUCAAGGACAUUGUGCAGUAUGCUGAAUUAGAUCAGCCAACAAGCACCCAGAGAGAUACCCAAGUGGGACACUGUACGACAAAGCGGAAACCCUUCCAUGCAGCUCGUAGACUCUGCGAGAGACUUCAGGCAAAGCUGGACACAUUGUUCCUCCGAAUGGGUGGAGCUCCAGUCCAAGGGGAAGAACUUAUGGAAAAAGCUGACUCCAGUGCUGUGCUUCUGGAGCAUACUGACUCCAGUGAUCUGCCUGUUUCAGUCCUGAGCUUGCCUUCCCCAUGCAGCGCGCAGCUUUCGGACAGGCCAAACGAGUGCUUCGGGACCAUCCAAGUGUGA